AUGGGUACAAACUUCUACAAACUCCUUUUUGACAUCUCUGAGGCUUUGGUCACAGAUGAACUCGCAGCUCUGAAGUUCCUCAGCCUGGAGCACAUCCCCAUGAGGAAGCUGGAAGCCAUCCAAGAGCCCAAGGCCUUCUUCAGAGAGCUGCAGGAGAAAGGCAUGAUCGAAGCAGGGAACCUGGCCUUCCUGAAGGAGCUGCUCUACCGGAUCAAUCGGAUUGACCUCCUGGAAAGCCAACUGAACUCUAGCCAACAGGAGAUGGAGUGGGAGCUCCAGAUCCCAGGCAGGGCAAAGGUGUCAGACUACAGACAACUGCUAUAUGGAAUUGCAGAGGACUUGACUCCAGAAGAUGUGAAGUGCGUGAAGUUCCUGCUCCAAAAACGAAUACCCAACAGCAAGCUCCAGGAUAAUGCUUCAAUGUUGAAGGUCUUACUGGAAAUGGAAAGAAAAGGGUUGAUUAAAGAAGAUGACAUGGCAAUGCUGAAAGAUAUAUUGAAGGGAUUUAGAGCUGACAUAAAGAAAAAAAUUGUUACCUAUGAAGAACGAAAAAAAGAAAAACUCCACUAUCCAAUGUCUGUAUCUGUGCAUCCAGCAAGAAAAAGCACAGAGGAGACACCACACCUGCCUGUGGAAUCAUAUAAGAUGAAAAAUAACCCUCACGGUUACUGUGUGAUUCUUAACAACUACAAGUUUAAAAAUGAGCAUGAAGUCAGAAAAGGAACAAUUGAAGAUGGAAAGGCUGUGAAGAGGGUCUUUGAGUGGCUUCAGUUUGAGACAGUUGAGCACAUGGAUCUAGAAGCAAAGCAAAUAUAUGAGAAAGUUAAAACAUACAGUGAAAAAGAUCAUAGUAACAUGGACUGUUUCGCUUGCUUCAUUUUUUCCCAUGGUGAAAAAGACAAAAUAAAAGGCAUUGAUGAUCAGUUUGUAAAUAUUAAAGAUUUAGUCUCCUGUUUCAGUGGAUCUAAUUGCCCUUCUCUUGCUGGCAAACCCAAGCUGUUUUUCAUCCAGGCUUGCCAAGGCUCUGUAGAUCAUCCAGCUGUCACAAUAAAAGAAGACCUUUCUGGCCAUCCUGAGAUGGAUGUUACCCCUAUGAUAUCCAUUCCUGAUGAGGCCGAUAUUCUGGUUGGCAUGGCUACAGUGGAACACUACAAGUGCUAUCGCUGUACAGACACUGGAAGUGUUUAUAUACAGUGCCUCUGUGAAAAGAUGAAGUUGCUUUGCCCACUUGGCAAGGAUCUCCUCACCAUCCUGACAGAAGUGAGCAAGGAGGUGGGAAGAAAAGAUUUAAAUGGAUGGAAGCAGAUGCCAAAAAUAACAUCAACCCUACGGAAGCAAUUGAUCUUCUAA